AAAAAGAGCUGUCCCGCCAAAAAUCGAUGAAGCUAAAAAUACGAUUUUCAAGCUCGGUUGCCUACAAAGACGACGAUAAGAGACCAUGGAACCCAAUACCACGCCUCGGACCGUGGCUGACCUUCAGAAAAAAGUCGAGCAACUAGCCCUCGAGAAAAAUCAGUACUUGAACGAACUAAGCAAUGGAGAAAUUUUAAAAAUGCAACUCAAGGAAACGCGGAAAGAUGCCAAACACUUAUCAAAACAAAAGCAUCGGCUACGAGCAAUGGCGGAUAUUGAAGUGUCGAGGCAAGAGGUAAUAUAAUGCGUCUAUUUUUGUGUGUUAGUUUAAGCCUAUAUAACUUAGAUUAAGACCCUUUUUCUCAAUUUAGGCAAAAGGUAAAACCUAAAUCCAGAUUUCAAGAUUUUUUAGAGACUGCUUGGCAUUCUCCUCGCAAGAUUAGUCAACCGUGAAUGAAUAAUCAGGCUACUCCUCUGGUCACUCGUCAUUCACGCGCAAACAAGAAAGAGGGACUUUUCGAUUUUUUUUUUCUUUUUUGGUACGAUUCCUGUAUUUUGGUCACAAAAGUUCCCUUCAAAUUUGAAAUGAACGUCCUUUAGAGUGCUCUUAACAACUUUAAUAACGACUUAAAAAAUAUGUCUCCGUGUUCUGCUCGCGUCAGUUUGCUGGGAAAUCAGUCUUCCCUAUCCAGUUUUUAGUGUAGGCGUACUUUUGUGAAUGAUAUAAAGUCCAUUUAGGUGUCGACAAUUCAAACUUCUUUGUUUUACAAUCCCACGCCACCUAUAAGAUCGAUUCCUAAGUGCUGAGGUAACAGACAUUUUCAGUGUACUUUUCUGUCAUGUGAGCAACUUUUUUAUCACAUCAUGGCUGAAAAUAUAUUAAACGGGAAAAAUUAGGGUCAUGGCUUCGAGCGUAGGAGGUCUAGCUUGUAUAAAAUUGCUAUCAUCCUGACUUUAGCUUGCAAAACUGACCGGAUCUCGUCUCGGCAAUGCAACAAGAUAAUUUCCCCAGUUUUGUCUUUAAGUCAGUAGAAGCCGGGGAUAGAUUUUGUUUAUUGACCCCCAUACAAAGAUUUGGUCUGUUCUGACAAGCAACCGAUCGAAGGUAAGUAAGUCUUUGUUCUUCUUGAAUCUUCAUUCCCGAAGGACGUCCAGAAAUCGUUGUUUCGGCCAAGAGCGAUAAGCAGCAUACUUAAACUUGACUUUCGUAACCAUAGCUCCGUGCGUUGAAACAUUCAUAUAUACGUCGCUGUCAAAAAUUCACCGGCCGCCCACGCACUCCGUCUCCGGUCGUAAGGAGAGCCAGUGCUCUAUGCCAAAGGCCAUAAUCUGUUUAAAAUUCACACGACAGUUUCUUGUCUUCAAUGCGCGCAUUUUUGUGGCUACCACCCUUUGAAAGUCUUUGAAAGUGUAAUAAUCGUUUGUUUAAUUUUAUUUAGCAAUGCUCGCAUGAAUUCAUCAUGAGUUGGCCAAAAGAGCUUAAUUUUUUAAAAUAAGUGCGAAGUGAGGGGGAAAAAUGGUUGAUUCGGAGUUGAAAAUAAACUGUUUAAAACAAUAAGAUAGUUUGUUACAAAGGGGUUCCUUUAAUGAUUAUUUUUAACUACUGAAUGCGUUCAAAGGUUCAUUUUCAAGUCAAAUUCUUUUCUCAGAGAGUCAUAUAAUGUCGCUGCCACUUGGCACAGUGCCGUUAUUUAGUUUACAGUGUUUUCUAAUGUGACCGGAUUUUCCCAUCUAUCACCUAAGAAGGAAAUCGGAAGGUUAGACUUUUUUACCUAUUGUUCUCGUCACGAUCUUCUUCCGCGGAAAGCCCUCCGCCUAGUGGUCGCUGGGUAAAGUCCCUGUGGUCCGCCAUAGGAAAUGUAGCCUGCGUAGCAAGCGUUUCCGUGCUUUUUGGUUCUCGUUUCAUUUCUCGCGCGGCCAAAACCGAGAAUCUCGUUCCUCGGUCUUUCUUUGCUCCGAAACAGCACGGAAACGCUUGCUACGCAGGCUAUGGGAAAUGUGAUUUCAAUGGACUGAAAUUUCGUGACAAAAGAAAAGAGAAACUCGAACGUUACUGGUUACGCAAGUUUACUUAUUAAAACUUUCAUACUUUCAUGGACUCAUUUCGUUCACCGCAAUAUUUCUGUGGCAAAAACUUCAUGUCGCCAGAAGAGAAUCCCACUUCGUAACAACCCGUCGACCACGACUUACAGCGACAGUACCGGUUGUACCCGCCCAAUGGCUUGGUAGCGUGGUCGACCAUAACACGGAAGUAACGAAAAUAGCCAACUCGCCUCUUACGUAUCUUCAGGCACAUUCAGGCUUUGUUCAAGGCCUAUAUUAUUGUUGCCCAUGCACACAGACUGGAUAAAAGCGCAAAACAGAGCAUUUUAUUGUUUGGAGAUAAAACGUUUAACGGAAGCUAAAUUUCACUUACUAGAUGUGAAAAAUAAGCUUCCCAAACAUUGAAAUUACCACUGAGAUUUUCCGCGCAUUUUUAUAAGCCAGACUGCCGGUCCGGACACUGUCUCAGUCAACUGGCUUUUCAGUGACAAACACGUACCUUUUAAGCUGCAUUUCCGCAUAUGUCGAGUCUGGUUUUACAUGCAGUUGGGAAUAUAGUAUGGAAAUUUAGUACUAUGAGAAUUUAAUACCCUUGAAGAUAUAAAUUUAGAGGUUAAUAAGCUUUUUUGGUUACUUCCGCGUUCUUCUCGAGAUCUACUUUGUUUACGGCUAUCUGUUUCUUUGGCUGUUCACCGUAGUAUUUCAGGUCUCGACUGUUUCUCUUCGUCUCUUCAGUGGCUCAGACUAGCUCGUUGUUAGUGUUUUUUUGUCGUCGUGAUUUCUGUGCAACUCAAUCCUGAAUGAGGAAAAGUGUCGCGGCUUCCUCAUUCUAUGUGGUUUAUAAUGUUGUCCUCGCCCAGUUUUGAAGCUUUACCCCUUGUUAGUGUCAUCUGAUAUAUUGGCCUGAUACAUAAUUACUUGGAGGGUCCCCAACGGAGUAGCCCGCUCUAUCGACUGGGAUCAACAUUACACAACCAGCAUCGUAGAUUCUCGAAACCCCUUAUCCAACUCAUAACUACAAUCCCAAUUCUCCCUCUCUUCAAAUCAAUUAUCCGAAAUCCUGACCUUCAAAUAACCCAAAACCUGGAGCCUGGAAUAGCUUUUGGAACCAUGAGCUUGAUGUAGAAAACGUUUGCCCGCAUGUACCACCCGUUGAUCUCCAGAUUCAACAUGACGGAAUUAAGCCGAUAUCCUCAAGUUCUUUGGCGCCAAAAAUUUGUCAACCAAUUGGUCUGGUCGUUUACCUCAUCCCACAGGGAUCCCAAGGUGGCUUACAGAAACUGAAAGGAAAUGCAAGCGCAAGAUGUUCUUUGGUGCGAGUGUAUGGUACAAAGCCAUGUCUACUACCUUCCAGAGGAAUAGUUUUGAGUAUGGUUUUUACCUAUUCAAUCUUGAAUCUCGAAAUGGCUCAAAGGGAACCGUAAAAAUCUUAAUCCAUUGACUCUCUUCAUUUGCAAAUGAAAGAUAGAAUAUCAAUCCAAGAAGCAAAACACGAUUCACCUCUUGUGGUCUCUUUCUCAGACACAGCCUUUAGAAAGUGAAGUUUAAAUGUUAAAGUUUGAAGAUAGAGUCAGAAAAUGGUUUAUUUUGGUCACAAGUUGGAUCUGUCGGUACCUAAAUAGGUCAGUCCAUAGGGAGGUAGAGUACCAGUCAAUCAUGAUGAUGCUCUAGGACUUCCGGUAGCGCACUGAAACAACAGCUUCCGCCUAUGCCUAUGAUGAGGAGGAGGACGACGACGACGACAGCGUCGAGCGUCUGUAUUUAGGCGGCCAUACCCGCCCCUGCAAUUCCAUAAGUACCUUUUACGGUCUGUUACUUUUAAUUGAAAAAAUACUUGAAGUAAAACAAAGCUAUUUAGAUUCCGUAUGUUUUCCAGUGGGAACUUGUGUGGUGUUUCAUCUUUUCCAUUAAAGGUCCUAGCGUUUCUCUUCUCUUGAAUAAUCAUAUUGAAAUACUUUGAUAACUUCUUAGAUUCUUUUUGGGCACAGAUCUUGGCUUCUUCAUGGGUGACUGAGUUUUGCAGCUAAAAAUAAACUCAGCUGCUUAUCGCACGCAUCGUAUAUUACCGGUGUUAUUUUGUGCUCGAAGCGUCGACUGAACGAGACUUGUUACUUCACUUAUAUCUACCAAAGCUAUCUUAGUAAGUUUGAGUGAGAUGCCUAUCUUGUGAAUACGGUCGCGCUAUGAAAUUCAUCUGUACAGCCCUGCUUUAUUUGAGAUUGUACUUUUUUGUUUUUUUUCUUUAAAUGCAGCUUUCUAAUAAAUUCAAUGCCACUUGUCAUAAUUCUGUUUCACCAGUAAGCGACGCAAACAUUUUAGCUCUAGUAACAUAUAUUUGUAACUUCUGAUCAUACGAUAUUCAGUGUCAGUUUCUAUACUUAUUUCCUGUUUCCAGACUUGAAGCUAUCUAUGAAACUUGUCAAAUUCCUAUUUCGGGCAAUGUUGGCAGAUUGGGACGCUUAUAAUACCCCUGUUUUAUCAUUUCCUGUAUAGUACAGUGCUUGUGUCGUCCAAUUAGCAUCAGUAAACUGGGUAUAUGUACACUAUCGAGUUACUGUAUUUGCAUUUUUAAAAAAUGCUGGAGUAUCGGACUUACAGAAAUUUCAUUUUCAGUCCUGUUUGGAAAAUCUUUGUUAUUCAUGUAAAACGCCACCUAAAUCACAAGACGAAUUUUUUUGUUACCAGCACUCUCCACCCUGUUUAAUACUGAAUCUCUUCCGAUACCAAAGCUCAGGAGCAAAUGUGGUUUCUAAAUGUAAAAUUGGCAGUAGAAAUAAUAAAAUACAAACUCUGUCCUUAUAUGGUACUCAAUCUUAAGGUCUAAUAUGAUUGGCUCCUUAAACAAUACUCUCGUACAGUUGUUUAAUCGUGUUUAAGAAUAUCGAAAGUGUCACUUCCGCCCCAGCGGUUUCUUAUGCUAAAAAAUUCCCCAAGUUUGGUUAAGAGUUCUAUAAUUACUCGGGGGUUUAUCUUAUUUUCAAACAAAUUGAAAUUCUAAAUUUGGUAGAAUGAUAAGAUGUUAAAUCGUAUCCUUUCCGAAUGGGUAUUUAAUCGCUUCAGGUACGUUUGCAGCGAUGAACAUUUUUAUCUUGCAUAAAGGGCACACUGGGCUCUGGUGUGACAUGGAUAUCUAGGUAACUGUGUUCCAUAUUUUAUUGUUAGUUCCGGUUCGAUUUAGUUUUAACUUUGCAAUGUUUUUAGCAGCCACCUUCUUACAUUAUAGCAACGGUGUGUUUUUAAAAGACCCGCUGCCCUAGAAAUCAUUAUCCGUGUAACAUGUAACCAGUUUCCGUGUGGAUAUGACAUCAGCAGGGAAAUGAAAAUUAGCCCAUUAGUCAAGCUGCUUAAUAUCUGAAAGCGAUUUCAGUUGUAUCCGAAUCACGCUGCUGAUUUAGAAACUUUUAAGGAUUAGGCACAAAGUUCACAUCUGCAGACAGAGUCAAACUUGCUUGUUUUGUGACCGCUUGUAAGGAAUCGUCACAUAGUAAGCUGGCCUUCACAGUGUAGUGAGUGUAAUUGAGGUUCAUAUGAUUUGAUACUGUUUUAAACCAGAAUUAGCUAAAGCUUAACUUGUCUUUCACUUCUCUCCCUGCCUAUUAUCAAUGCUUGUCCUUCAGAUGCGACGUCUUUCCUUAAUUUAACCUCCGUUUUAUAAGGCUUAUAAGCGUUAUGACUUUCUGGUUACUUUCUUUACUGUCUUGAAAAGUAGGCGAGAAAAGGGGUGAUUUAAUUUCGACUGGUGUAAGUGUUAAUUAAUAUUAUCUGGAUAUUGGACUCGCUUGAAAAUUCACUUACUAUCAUUCGAAUAUAAUAUUUAUAUCUGGAAAGAGUCUCCAAGUCCUGUCAUUUCUGUAUAACCACUUAUUUUACCAGGUCAGCUUGUUUUAUUUGAUCUUGCAACAUGUUCUUCUCUCGUAUGGCCCGUUCUGUGGCGCUGUUUUGACGUUCAACCCUCUCCUUGCGGACGACUCCCUUAAUCAGGCACUUAAGUCGUUCCCUGUCGCCGUUCUACAGUCAUUUAUUUUCUUUCUUUGUGAGAUGGAAGAUGGACAUGACAUAAACACGUCUACGGUUAUCUUAGCGAGAGAGAGCGAGAUGAGUGUAGUCAGUCUUCCAUGGAUUAAAACACAUGCAAGAACUAUACAGAUUCGAUUACCAAAAACAAAAGAGGAGCAACUGGAGAAAGGGGUCACUUAAUAACUUGAGACAAAACAAAAACAAAAAAUAAGCUUCAGAAUUUAUUUUACAUUCUUCGGGAGUUUGUACAGAUAAUUCAAACUUUGUUGUGCCGUAAUUAUAUUAAAUACUUUUUAUACGUAUUGAAAUAGUUUUCAUAUUUUGCCAUGUCUAACAAAUAUCUAACACGCAUUCCUGCGCAGCUGAAAGGCUUCUUAAAGCGGGCAGGUCAUUAUUUUUAGCUUUAUAUGGAUAGCUGUGGUCAUUUCAAUCUAUCUAUUUAUAAUGGUUACAAAAAUUCCCAUAAGAAUGUCAUUCCUUCUGAGUUAAUAUCAGUUUGGUCUCCUAAGAAUCUAAUUAAACGGAAGUACGAGUUAAAAGGAGCUUUUAAAAACUUGUGAUCUUCUCAGAGUUCCUCGGGAAAUUGAUGGGAAUUAAAUAUACUCUCACAGUCACGCUUGGCUUCAACUUCCCAACCUCUUUCAUUGACACUGACCAUCUUUCAAAUAGUUUAUUUGUCCUCAGUAACUUUUGAGUCCAUGUAACAGGUCGAGAUCCUACUGUUUAACCUUUAAAUAAGAAGGACUUUUACACAGCAUUUACCAAUCUUGUACGAAGUCGUAACUUUUGGGUCUGUGGACAAAGUCCUUUGUUACGCUGUUACCAUUUAAAUGAACCUCUUUAGCAGUACUUCACUUUGAAAUCAUUGGUUUUCAGUUUUCUGUAUUUUACAAAAUGCCAGUUUUUUUAGUUUCUAAUUGGCCGCAUUAAGCCGCGCUUCCUUUAACUUUUCCCUAUUGACUGGCUAAUAUACCUGUUUAUUGUGCUGUUAUUGAUAGAGUCCAUCUUUUUCAGACUCCAGGACAGUCCCAAGAAAACAACACUUCUCAACCGGAGAAACAACUUCCUUCAGAAUUAAACCUUUCCACAUCAAACGAAGCAUUCCCAGAACUGUUACCUCCAGGAGCCUUCAACUCUACCCCAUCCAAAGAAGAGAGUCCUUCCUUACAUUCCCAAGAAAGUUUUCCUCCACCUCCUCCACACGGGUUUUCGAUGAAUGGUGAAAUUUCCCCGACAUUGCCGACUGCUCCAUUUGCAAAUGUACCGAGGGAGCCCGACUGGAGAAUACUGGACGCUAACGCCAUGCGAAUUGAAAACCGUGAUUUGGUGAGAAUUAAGAGAAAACAAGAAGAGCAGAUUCAGAACCUCGUGCAAGAAGUUGCUACAUUGGAAACAAGAUGUAAAGAACUCGAGGGUAUUGCACAACGGUAAGGCACCAUUGCUAAAUGUCUAUAACGUCUUUCUCGUUCUUUUGAGGCGGCCUGUUUAGUCUGACAAGCUUACCGGCCUAGGUUUUACCCUUUUAUUAGUAAACAUCGACAUCUUUUCAAAUGGAACGGUGAUGAGUCCAGGUCUUAGCCUGCGAGCAAGUCCUCUGUUUGGGGGAUAUUGUAAGAAGUCACGCUCGAGAAGCACGCGAAAGGAGACGCAGGAACGAGAGGGGAGUAUGGAGAGCUUACUCGCGGUAGGCUAUCGAGAAUCUCGAAAAGUGGGCCAGCCCGGUUGAUCGGACUCUUGAAUACAGUCUCGUACUUCCAUCUCUUCUAUGACCUAUAAGUGAUAUUUAACAAGUGUUGUACUACUUUGGAGUGACAUGCCUUAACAACUGCCUUCUUGUUCGGUUUUUAGCCUUGAAGCCGAGAAUCAUCGCCUCUCGCAGCAGCUGAGUACAGCACAUGUCGGUCAAGCGCGUGAUUACAACGGACCGUAUGAGGAAAUUCAACUUCUGAGAGCACAGGUACAAAAUAGCUCCCCAUAUACGCACACUAACGAUUCUGUAAUACCCCGUAAUAAAGUGUCAGUGGAAUGGGAAAAUGGUUUCUUUAUAAUGGGGAUACAUUGUAUCGGUGCUACUCCUUUCAGUAAGGGACGUUGAUAGUUCGUUUCGCCAAGAUCUUAGCUGUGAAUGAACUGGUUAUGUUGUAGUUCCACUAUAUUAAACUAAAUUUUAUUCACCCAAUUGGUCUACAAGACGUUCUAGAGCUUUUUGACAAGAAUGUGAGUUUAAUAGUAGUUCCCUUUUUUGUAGUCUGCUACACAGCCGUUUUUAGUGUCGUCACGCAACGCUCCUCCACUAGUGGAGAGGAGCGUUGCGUGACGACACCAAAAACGGCUGUGUAGCAGACUACCUUUUUUUGCGAAUGACUUACCACUUACUUCUUUUCACAGUUAAAAGUUUAUGAAGAUGAUUUCAAGAAGGAAAGAUCCGAGAGGGAAAACUUAAACACGCAGAAAGAACGCUACAAGCGAGAAUUACGAGAAUCUCAAGCAACUGUUGCUGGUCUGCAAAGGCAGCUUAAACAGGUUAAUACUGUAGCGAAGACUAAUGCAAUUUUACCCAAAUUUUUCUUUUCCCUUUUUAGUUAAUAGAAAAAAAAUUCAUUUCUAUCGACUCUUCCCAAUUUCAGGCUAUCGCAGGAGAGGGUGGCUAUGCCGAACCACGUGAUCUCCCACGUGGACCAAUCGUCAACGAGCGUUACUAUGAUCCCUACACGGUGAGGCUCCCACUGGAUUAUGGGAUGACACGCACAUACUCUGGAGAUUACAUUGGUCCCGGUGCUACUAGUGUGAGUGGAUCUUAACACAUUACUAUUCUUUUUAAGAGAAAGUAAACAAUAGAAUAUCACACUGGAUGCAAAGUUUAAAAUCUCAUUAAAGUCAUCAACUUUUCUUUUAGGAUCUACUUCGACGUGGAAGAGCACCUUAUGUAAAGAAGGCUUUCUUGUCACCAGAUAUGACAGCUGUUGUCGAUGAUUAUGACACCACUGAUGGAAAGCCGCGCGCGCCAAAGAGCAUCUAAAGAGUGGACAACGCGUUGAUUUUUGAGUCGUAUCCAGGGUUUCUUUUCUGCCAUUAUACCAUAAUGGCUUUCGCCAAUCACUGGCGUGUACUCUGUCUUAUUUGAGCAAGAAAUUGAUUUUACCAUCGAGUACACAUAUUGAUAAAGGAGGGCGGUUUGUUGAAAAGGUCUCGUGCGACUGCCGUGUAAUACUGAACUACCGAGGAAAGAGGGUAAAUCAGCAGUGAUUAAGAUAUUUCAGUAGACAUUUUGUGAUAACUUUAUACUACCUAAACUCCUAAAGUUUAAAAAUUUCCCUAUUAUUUUUAUGGCUAUACCUAACUUUGGAAAAUUCGUUUGCGCUUCGACAAACUUUCAAGGGGAGUUAUUAAUCGAAACUAUUUUCUGUAGCGUCAAAAAUUAUAUACCGCACGACCAUCGGGUGCUUCUUUUUCAUUUAAGUCAAUGAAGUAGUAAUGCGACAAAAAAAGGCAUUUUAUAAGUGCAUAAUUAAGAUGCUAUUGUAUCACCCUUAUAAGUAAGUUAAGCAAUGUUAUAAAUGGUAUAAAUGAAAUGUUCUGUUAGACGAUUAUAUGUUGCGUAUAUUUAGGUGAUUUUUGCAAACAUAAAUUUGGUAAUCGCAGAUUAGCCGGCGUCAGUAUUAAGCUAAUUAUUUCCUCAGAUUGUUUUUGUCCAUUCNAAAAUUAUAUACCGCACGACCAUCGGGUGCUUCUUUUUCAUUUAAGUCAAUGAAGUAGUAAUGCGACAAAAAAAAGGCAUUUUAUAAGUGCAUAAUUAAGAUGCUAUUGUAUCACCCUUAUAAGUAAGUUAAGCAAUGUUAUAAAUGGUAUAAAUGAAAUGUUCUGUUAGACGAUUAUAUGUUGCGUAUAUUUAGGUGAUUUUUGCAAACAUAAAUUUGGUAAUCGCAGAUUAGCCGGCGUCAGUAUUAAGCUAAUUAUUUCCUCAGAUUGUUUUUGUCCAUUCUGGCGCAACGGAAGGAAAUGUCUCAUUGCCUUCUGUCUUGUUAAACGGAGGAAAGUAAAUGUAAAUUAAACAUUUUCAAAAGUUUGUGACAAAGUUUGCACAAAGCAACAAUCAUAUGAACAAGAAAAAGUUAAUAAAAUUGUUUUUACUUGAUUUGUUUCACCUGCUCAUAAAUCCUCUCCGUGACGGUCCACCUCUGCUAUCCUCCUUGGUCGAAGGUGGGGCACGCGAUGUCCCAGUUGGGAAGGAUACUUUGCUGCAUUAGUGAG